AACUCUACUCAUCGCUAGCUAUGGCCGACGAACGCCCUGUCAUUGCCAUUGACCCACUGCAGAUCCCUGUGGUCGACUCUGGCGAAUCUUACUCGGAUGACGGCAGCUCGGAGGCAUCGUCGAGCAACCCAUUCCCGGACUCGGACUCGGGAUCUGACUCGGGCUCCGAGUGGGAGGACCAGUCGUCGUCCGAGGCCCAGGGCGCGGGAUCGGACGGAUCGGAGGCCGGUGAGGGAUCGGAGACGGAUGCCAUUCCGGGCGAGUGCCCUGUGUGCGCGUACAUGCGGGCAGGGCCCUGUGGUGUCGAGUACUCGGCCUUUGACAAGGUGUGCGUCAAGCGCGAAACUGAGGACAUGCCCGAUGAGUGCCAGGAGCACUUUCUGGCCAUGCGGGAGUGCUUUGUCCAGCACAACGAGUACUACGGCUUUGUUCUCGACAUGUUUGAGACUGCACUGAACAAGGACGAGGACGAGGGCGAGGGCGAGGCCAGCGAUGAGGCCCAGGGCGAGGGCGAGAGCGAGGCGGCGGCCGAGACCGCGGCCGAGACCGAGACCGAGACCGCUGCUGAGGAGGUUGGUGAUGAUGACAUCUAGAUCUGUUUAUCGUAAUCUUUAUCUUCAUACCAGGCUGGUGAAGACGCGUGGCCGAACGACAAGUACCGCGGCAGCCACCGCCGCAGCGGCGGCUGCUCCCAUGGCGACCGCUGCCGCCGCCGUCGACGAGCACCCGAGUACACUGGCGGUGACGCGCCCGAACCAGCGGGCCGCCCGUGCGACUGGCGACGCUGUGUUGGUCGGCAUGGUGGCCACGAUCUGGAUCCGCGAGGUCAGAAGCCGCGCCGCAAAGGCGGCAAGUUCGUCGUUCGCCACCCCCUCGGACUCGGCAUGCUUCCAAGACGAGUAAACGCUAUCGAUCUGGCCGA